GUAUCUUUCGGCAAAUUAUGAUCGGAUGCCAUUACGUGCUCGGAUUCAGAUAGUAAUUCUGACUAUUCAGCACAUUUACUAUCCCAUUCUGGCUAUUAUUGGUGUCCCUGUUAAUUUACUGACAAUUGUGAUAUUGUCUCAGAGAAAGUGUGGACUCUCCAAAUGUGUUACUCGCUACCUGAUGGCCAUGGCGGUGAUGGAUCUGUUGGUUCUAAUCUUCGACCUGAUAUUGAGGCAUAUUCCAGUUGUUUUUUGGGAAGGGUUUCUUUUCCUGUAUUCUGUCCCUGUUUGUAAUAUCCAUGCUGUCCUGCUUUUUGCAGCCACUGACUGUUCAGUCUGGUUCACUGUCACUUUCACCUUUGAUCGAUUUGUGGCCAUUUGUUGCCAGAGGCUGAAAACUAAAUAUUGUACAGAGAGAACGGGAGCUCUGGUUCUGGGAACAGUGACAGUUUUGAGCUUUUCAAAGAAUGUUUUCUGGUAUUUUAUGCUGACAGGCUGGUAUGUGUUGGUGAAUGAUCCCUGGUUUUGUCGAAUUACACUGGAGGCUCAGAAAUCGGAAGCUUGGGGAGCAAUUGAGUUCCUUCACUACAUUCUCACCCCGGGAAUUCCAUUUAUUCUGAUCAUGCUGCUGAAUGCUUUGACUAUCAGACACAUUUUAAUGACCAGCAGAGCCCGCAGCAGACUCCGAGCUCACAGAAGUGGGGAGAGUCCCAGAGACACAGAGAUGGAAAGUCGAAGGAAAUCCAUCAUUUUACUUUUUGUUAUAUCUGUAAAUUUCAUCCUGCUGUGGGCAGUGUUCAUGGUGAGCUCAAUAUGGGCACGCAUGAUGAACAUUGACAAUGCAACUCAGUACAUGCACGGUGCUGUCAGAGACAUUGGACUCUUGCUGCAGCUCCUGAGUUGCUGCACAAACACUGCUAUUUAUGCUGUGACCCAGACUAAGUUCAGGGAGGAGAUGAAGACUGUGGUGAUAUAUCCAUUUACACGAAUCAUAAACUUCACCAAAUGAUUGAAAGAAUGUAAGUAACCGAGAAAAAGGAAUUCCUAUUUACCAUUUUCAACAACAAAUGCUUUGUAGUGUGAGUGAUACAGACACAGUGGGGGCAGUCCCUCUCUCUCCCUGAUAUCUGUGAUACAGACACAGUUUGUUCAGUUCUACACAAUCUGCUCCAGAUGAGAUAAAUUGGAAUGAUGGUGCUGUGGGUGAAAUGCUGUCUCAGCAGAGUCAGCCUCUCCUUCAGCUGAUGUUUCUCAAAGACACUUGUCAAUUAUUCUUCAGUUACAAUAGGAUCUCCACAUUGUCUCCAGUGCUGUGAGAACAGAAAGUCUCCUUCCACAAUGUUUCUUGUUUGGAAGGGGACCAACACUUUCAUUGAUCCUUUCACCAAAUCUGGUUUCACUGAAACAACGGAUGGAGAAAUUGGAAUGCUGUUUGUUGCGAAAUCUGUCUCCUCUGUGAGUGAUCAAAGGAACCCUUCAUUAGCUCCUCUUCUGUUUGGACUCUUUGUUAAUGCAAUGUUCGAGGAAAUAUUGAAAAUGGAUCACACAGCCUUGCGUAAAUAUCUGAACCAGUGAGUCACUGUGUCGUAGAAGGCAGUUAUUCAGUCCAUCAUGCUUCCACUGGUUUGUGAGUGUCACAGGGUGGCUGGGUCAUAAGUGAAAUGUCUCUGAUUUAGUGAUUAAAUAUCAGGGCUUACCACAACUGCUGAAUGAAAAAGGAAUGAAAUAUCUUCAAAGUGAGGGUGAGUGUUGUCUGCACAGAAAGAGAGACAGUGCCUGAGCUGGUGGUGAUGAAAAUCAUUGUGUACAACUUGUUCACAGCCGCAUGUUGCAGUCCUUCAUAUCUGCUGAUGCUCUUCUGGGUCUCGUACAGACAGAGUCUUGGUGAGUUUGUCUCACCAAGGGAUAUUGUAGAUGGGACACAGUGCUGCCCCGAUGAUGGGCGAGUAAUUUUAAAGAUGGUGGAUUUGUUGCCCAACCAAGACUGUACUAUCCUGAAUGGUGCCAAGUUCCUUGACUGUUGUUGGUGAACAGGCUUUGGGGCGGCAGGAGGAAAGUUACUUGCCACAGAAUUCCCUGCCUCUGACCUGCGAUUGUAGCAUGAGUAUUUAUAAAGCUAUUCGACGUCCGGUUCUAACCCAUUCCUGCCCUUAUGAUGGAGAGAGGGUCAUUGACCAAAUAUCUGAAGAUGGUCAGACCAGGAUACAGCCCUGAAGAAUUCUUGCUGUGAUGUCGUGGAACUGGGAUGACUGGCUGGAAGGGAAAGUCUGUCAAUAUUGAGAAAGACACAUCCUGGUUUGAGUUCUCUUGUGUAGCUUCAAAUGGAGCUGCAGUAUGAGCAGUGUGUUUAGACUAGAUCAGAUUCGCUGCAGUGUGGAAACAGGCCAUUCAGCCCGGAAGAGUGGGGAGGCUGCCUCUGGGACAGUGUGCCCUCACCCCCACCACCCCUUGAAGCAUCCCACCCAGACCCAUUUACCUAUAAUUCACACACCCCUGAACACUAUGAGCAAUUUAGCACGGCCAGUCGACCUAGCCUGCACAUCUAUGGACUGUGGGAGGAAACCGGAGCAUCCGCAGGAAACCCACGCAGACACGGGGAGAAUGUGCAAACUCCACACAGACAGUCGCCCAAGGCUGGAAUCGAACCCGGGUCCCUGGAGCUGUGAGGCUGCAGUGCUAACCACUGAGCCACUGUGGGGACCCAAGUUCGAUUCCAAACGUGUUGGAGAGUGUCCGUUUCCAAAUGUAGGUGGAAGGCUGAGCAAGUAGAUGGGAAUGGAUUUGAAGGAGGGUGUUUGGGGGAGUGGGAGGGGUGAUCCGUGACCCCUUCCCCCAAACCUGCUCAACAACUGCCAGACCAUUAACAUUUUCACCUUGGUGUCACACUGCGCCUGAAACUUUAAAAUGGAGCCAUUUCACAAAAAUAGCUCAGGGGCUCAGCUGUGAUCACAGACUGAUGUUAGUCCUUGCCCCACGCAGUCCUUCCUCAAAACCCAUUCCAUCAACAUCUUUUCCCAGCCUGGGGGAAUCUCACAGAGCUGGCGAAUUAACUGUCUUUUAGGAUGUUUCUGACAGGCUUUUUCUGUGUUUGCAACAUGUUAGGUGUUUAUUAUUGAUCAUCUGAACUUGGGUGGGACUGCACAUGGGAAGUAGAAAGUGUUUUGGAGACCUUUUGUCCUGCAGCAAGGUGAGUGAGAGUUCCCUGAUAACUAGCAGCCAGACAAUGCAGCAUGUUAGAGUGAGACACGCUUGGAGAGACUGACCCGGGGUGCAACCUGGGGGAGACUGAUCUGGGGAGAGUUACUCAGUAGAGAGGGACCCAGCAGGGGAGAGAGAACUGGGUGGUGAGGGAGCAGGAGAGAUUGAUCCAGUUGCAUCUGACCUGAGGAGAGUGAUUCGGGGGGAGAGUGAGUCGCGGGGAGGGUGACUCUGUGGGCGUGUGACUUAGGGAGACUGAUCUGGAGGAAGGGUGACAUUGGGAA